AUUAGGAUCAAUUCCAAUGGUCAUAUUAUGAGAACGGCAUGCCGGGAAGGUAUUUUCUCUGUCACUAUGGCCCCUAAAUAUCCAAAGAGAAGAGCUCGGAGAGACAUCUCUGGCUUAAAGAAUCAAGGCGGAAAUGUAGCCAGUCUGACAGCUUUAGGGAGCACACUGAAGCAUGCAUCCAAAACUGUAGAGUUUGAAAGCCGUGCUUUAGAUGCGACAAACUCAACAGAUGGCUCGUUGCGCCGCUCUCGCGCACCAAGUCCAAUGGAGGCCGUGCUUGACAGUGAUGAAGGGGACGGCUUGGAUAUGGGGGUCUGUUUUGAUAGUCUCCGGCCUACCUUUGUCCAAGAUGAAGAGGAUGAAGACUGGGAAGGUGACGUUGAUGAGCUCGGGUGGAAGGACAUUGAGUCUGAAACUCAAUGCAUGCCCGGUGGAAGUCAUACGGCGGUUCAUAAAUCGGUCAUAUCGAUUCAUGAGUGCAUAUCGGAGAGGUCUUACUGGGAUGGCUGCGGCAUGGGCAGUACGAAAGCAAAAGCAACGUCGCCAGGUCUCAAAUACAGCCAUGAUGUCAAUUCUGGCUGUUGUAGGUGAGGACACACCAGUUGUCACUUCACGAAGCGCGGCGGAAGGGGUGUAGACAAUUUUAUUGUGGUUGUAGUGUAGCAAAUCUUCAGAUUUCUUGGCCGAAAAAUUUGGCCACCCCA